GUUCUGAGUUUAACUGCGGACUGGGAUGGUGAAGUUACUGCAGCAGAAGGAGGUAGAAGAUCAUAUUUGGAGAUGAGAACCUAAGUCUGGAGCUUCUAAUCCUGAUUCUGGCUACUUCAGUUGGAGUUAUUUGGGGGUGGAAGAUCAGAAAUGAAGGUACACAUGCACACAAAAUUUUGCCUCAUUUGUUUGCUGACCUUUAUUUUCCAUCAGUGUAAUCACUGCCAUGAGGAAGGGCAUGACCAUCACAAUCACAACCAUAAUGAUUACCAGAUCUCAGAGGCACCAUAUCUCCAUGGUGGUAUAACAGAAUCGGAGACAAGUAAGUUUUCAGUGCCGGAUGCUGAAAAUGAAAAAAAAUACUACAUUGAAAAACUUUUUGCUCGUUAUGGUGAAAAUGGAAGAUUGUCAUUUUUUGGUCUGGAGAAACUUUUAACAAGCUUGGGCCUCGGAGAGAUAAAAGUAGUAGAGAUUAAUCAUGAGGAUAUUGGUCACGAUCAUGUUUCUCACUUAGAUGUUUUGGCUGUUCAGGAAGGAAAACAUUUUCACUCUCAUAACCAUCAACAUUCCCAUAAUCACUUUAAUUCAGAAAAUCAAACUGGGACUAGUGGAACAUCAAAAAGAAACCACAGAUGUGAACCAGAAAAAGACACAGCUGAAAUACCUGUAAAAUCUGAAAAUAAACAUUCUCAUGACCAUAAUCACCACCCCCACCAUCACCAUCAUCUGCAUCAUCACCCUGACCAUAACACUACACACCAUUCUCAUAAUGAUUCCGUAACUCACAGUGAGCAUGGAGAACCAAGCCAUGAACCAUCAUCUGACACUAAUACAACUCAGGAGCAAGCUGAAGUUAAACUUCGGAAACCCAAGAAGAGAAGAAAAGGAAAGAAAAAUAGCGAAACUUCUCAGAGUGAACAACAUGAGCAUAAUCGGGUCCACAAGUAUGAUCACGUACACCUUCAAGAACAUAAUGGCCAUGAUAAUGGUCAUGGACAUCAAGGUCCUGAUUCUCAUAAUGAAGAUGAACAUCAGCAUGUUCAAAAGCGGGAAGCUCCCCAUAAGCAGAACAGUGUGAAAAAAAAUGCAGUCUAUUCAGCACGAAGUCACAGAGAUCAUAAUCAUCAUGACGAGUGUUUGAAUGUUACCCAGUUAUUACGAUACUAUGGUCAUGGGGCCAAUACUCCAAUUUCUCCUGAUCUCUUUACGUAUCUUUGUCCUGCGUUAUUGUAUCAAAUUGACAGCAGACUUUGUAUUGAGCAUUUUGAUGAACUCCUGUUUGAAGAUAUCAACAAGGAUAAAAAUGUGUUCUCUACAGAUAAGGCAAAUAUAGGUGCAUCAGCCUGGAUUUGUGGUAUCAUUUCUAUCACGGUUAUUAGCCUACUAUCACUGCUAGGUGUGAUCUUGGUUCCCAUAAUUAACCAAGGAUGCUUCAAAUUCCUCCUCACAUUCCUGGUUGCACUGGCUGUGGGAACAAUGAGUGGAGAUGCACUUCUUCAUCUGCUUCCACAUUCACAAGGGGGCCACGAUCACAGUCAUCAACACGGACAUGGGCAUGGACAUGGGCACAGACAUCCUCAUGGACAUGAAACAAAAAAUCCAGAGUUUUUGGAAGAAUAUGAUGCAGUAUUGAAAGGACUUGUAGCUCUGGGAGGCAUUUAUCUGCUAUUCAUCAUUGAACACUGUAUAAGAAUGUUUAAGCAUUACAAACAACAAAGGGGAAAACAGAAGUGGUUUAUGAAGCAGAAAGCAGAAGAGUCAGCUAUUGGAAGGAAACUUUCAGACCAUAAAUUAAAUAAUACUCCAGAUGCUGACUGGCUUCAGCUCAAACCUCUUGCAGGAACUGAUGAUUCAGUUGUGUCUGAAGAUCGACUUAAUGAAACUGAACUGACAGAUUUGGAAGGCCAACAAGAAUCCCCUCCUAAAAACUACCUUUGUAUAGAAGAGGAGAAAAUUGUGGACCAUUCUCACAGUGAUGGUGUACAUGCCGUUCGUGAGCAUGAUCUUCAUUGUGCAGCACAUAACAACCAUGAAGAAAGCAAAACUGUGCUGAGGAAGCACAAUCAUCAAUGGCACCACAAACAUUCCCAUCAUUCGCAUGGACCCUGUCAUUCUGGAUCAGAUCUAAAGGAAACUGGAAUAGCUAACAUAGCUUGGAUGGUAAUCAUGGGAGAUGGUAUCCACAACUUCAGUGAUGGCUUAGCAAUAGGAGCAGCUUUUAGUGCUGGAUUGACUGGAGGCAUCAGUACCUCUAUUGCAGUUUUUUGUCAUGAACUUCCCCAUGAAUUAGGCGAUUUUGCAGUCCUACUUAAAGCUGGAAUGACAGUAAAGCAAGCAAUUGUGUACAACCUUCUCUCUGCCAUGAUGGCUUACAUAGGUAUGCUGAUUGGUACAGCCGUGGGUCAGUAUGCCAAUAACAUCACCCUCUGGAUCUUUGCUAUUACUGCAGGCAUGUUCCUCUACGUAGCUUUAGUGGAUAUGCUUCCAGAAAUGCUGCAUGGUGAUGGUGACAAUGAAGAACAUGGCUAUUGUCCUGUGGGGCAAUUUAUUCUUCAGAAUUUUGGAUUACUUUUUGGGUUUGCCAUCAUGCUGGUGAUUGCCCUCUAUGAAGAUAAAAUUGUGUUUGACAUCCAGUUCUGACCAUUCCCAGUAAUCACUGUCAGCCACAAUGACAUUGCUGUAUGGCUUUGCACCUGCCCCGUGUACUGUAUGCACACUGCUCUCUCCGAGAAAGACUGUGGCUUGCACUACUUACAAGUUUCAUAAAUUUGCAUAUAACCAUGAAAGACAGUGGAGCUCAUGCUUAUUUUUCCUGAGUGACAACUGGUCUUUAAAAAAUGAAUGAUAGAAUGAGGAAAAAAAAAUGGGACUCUAUGGACCAAUGUUUGUAUAGGUUUGAUGAAGAUGCUCUAGAACCUAUUCUGGUUAGAAAUGCUAAGAACACUAAUAGGGCUGCUCAGACUUGUCUGUGAUUUGCCCAAAGAACUAGAAUUUGAACUAAAUCCUUACAAACAUAGAAAGAUUUUUAAUGGACUUGAUGCUGGGCACACCUUUUUUAAUUCAUCCUGAGCAAACAUAAUUACAGUAUACCGGGGCUUGUAGUUCAGCUUCAUUAUAAACUGUAUGGUAAUGGGGAUCAACUUGAUAAAACUUUUUAAUAGCAUAAAAAGUUAUUAGAUUUGAUGUUAGCUUGUAGGAACUAGUAGGAAGAUUCAGGCUGCAUUAGAGUUUGUAUUUAGUGUGGGGGUAAGCCUUGACUCUUGUGUCCAUAGAGUUACUAUUUUUGUAUAUAUUUGCAUAGUGGUUUCACUUGCAGCCUAAACUACUGAGAAAUAGUGAUUGUAUGUUCGUGUGAACUCUGGUUUAAUGAAAGAUUCCUAAUGGUUCUUAGUAUUAAUAGUGUGGUUAUUUUUGGGACAAGGUAAAACUUUUUUUCUUUCCUUUUCAUAGCAGUGCCCUAAAAAAAAAAAAAAAUCAAAGAAAUAAUGCACCACCCCCUCAAGCAUGGUCCAAAUACAGGUUUCCCUUUUGCCUGCAUUGUCAUUGACCACUGUGUGGGAAGCUGUGUUGUGAGUUCUGAAUGUAUUACUUUAAAACAAAACAAUAUUCAGGAUUUAUGCAUUAAAAAGUAAUGGUUAUUCAAAGAGUUAAUAGUAUAGGAGUCCUUUUCAGUGGCUCUAAUGGAACCAAAUGGAUUUGGUUUGGAGGAUAGGUGAAAUUAUCAGAGGCCUUGACCUAGUGAAAUCAGUUUUACUACUUCAUGCCAAGAAAAGACACUGUGUGUGCCUGAUUAGUCUUUUUUAGGUCUCUUAUCUAUAAUUGUGAAUGAUUUGUGAGAAGUGCAAGCCAUGUUUAUCCUGUUUUGAUCUAAUGACCCUCAGUGCUGGUCAUAAGCAUGUAGCCUUCUUUUGACACGUGCUACAGUCUUCAUUUCUAUGUAUGCCAGGUAAGCUAUAUUUGGACAUGUGCAGCCAGUUUUAUUUUCGUCUGCUUGGCAACCAGUUUAGCUGCUUUUAAAAUCUUAUUAUUCUAAUACCUUAAAAAGAGCCAAACUCUUUCCAUUCCAUUUUUGAAGUUUUUCCAUUUUAGCUUCUUCCCCACACUUUUUUCAUUCUUCCUCCCUUUCCUUUCUUUUUCCCUUUUUAAUUUUUUUGUAUUUUUUUUAUUUUAUUUUAUUUUUUGAGGAGAGCAGCAUGUACCCUUAGGUAUUAUUAGGUGCCUGCCAGUAUUUGUUCCUAAUGCUUUAAGCAAGGGGGUGGGAGGGGGGCAUCUCUGUUGUUAUUCUGAGUUAGGUUUUAGUUCAAUAAAAGAGCUCUGGCUAUAGCAGCAAAUUUCCAUUGUCACAAGUUGGAGUUCUGCACUUGGGACAGUGGGAAAUACUUUUCACAAUAUCGGGCAUUUUAAUUAGUAAAGUCCCCAAUUCAUUGCUUGGGGCAAUUUAGCAGAAAGGUGCUCACAACUCCCAAGUGAUUCAAGUGUCUCUCAGAAAUAAGAUUUUUGUUUUGACACAGUUUUACAUUCCAGCAUUUAUAUUUACUUCAUUAAAGAACCAUUUUAUGAACUGCAACAACUGAAUACAUGCCCUGCCUUAAAAUGGCUGAUUUUAAAACAAAUGAAUUUGUUCAUGUAAGGCUUUACAUUUUUUUUAAGAAUGAAAUAACUCUCCUCAUUUGCUACAAGUUUUUUCAACCUUUUGUAAAGAGCAAUGUAUCUGUUGCUGCUAGUCUUUCUUUAGGUUCCCACCAGUAUUCGGUUCCAGACCAUUCUAAUGUACAGUUUUUAAGUCCUAUUAGACAAUCGGAAUUCCACUACAUUUCUCUUUGACUCCAACAUUCCAUUCAGUUUGAACGGUCUAAUUCAACUUCUAUAUGUUGGAGGUCAUUAAUGUUACUUGUUACAAUGCUGUCACUGUGUGACAUCCAUAUGAAUUUUGAUGUAGAUCACAUUGCACUCAAUCAGCUGUGAUUAUGCUUAGAAAUACUGUAGUUAACUAGAUGCAGUGUGAGGUUUUUUUCCAUUAACAAUGAGUCUAUGGUUUAAAUGUGAUGAUGGUCCCGCAAGGUGAUACUUGCUGAGAUAUCUAAACUUUAUAACUAAAUCACUUUUAAAAAUUUAUAAGGCUGGAAAUGAUUAAAUGCUGUUUUUGUUUGUCAACAGUGGUGUGUUCAUUUUAUGUAUGUUCCUAAUGCAUAAGGAACUCUCCCAAAAUAAAGUUAUUCAAAAAAAGCAAAUAUA